AAAUUGCGAAAAGGUUCGGUAUUGCGCCAUCUACUAUCACAUCAAUUUUGAAACAAAGUGAUCUGUAUUUGAGUUUGCCCUCAAACACCAAACGUAAGCACCAAAAAUUACCAGAAUACCCGGAAUUAGAAAAGAGAGUACUCACUUGGUUUUUGCAAUGCCGAGAAUCUAAUACUAUUCCAGUUGGAGGACAUUUACUAAAAGAAAAAGCAAAGGUGUAUGCCGCAAAAUUGGGCUUAACACAAUUCAACGCAAGUAAUGGCUGGUUGGACAAUUUCAAGAAGAGAAAUAAUGUUAGUUUCAAAAAAGUUUGCGGUGAAAGCGCGGCCGUUGAUGAUGAAGUGUGCGUUCAAUGGAGAGAAAACAUUCAAAAGUUAAUAGAGAAUUAUGAGCCCAAGAAUAUUGUCAACGCAGAUGAAACGGGUCUUUUUUACAAGUGUCUUUCUGAUCGCACUUUGUCUUUAAAAGGCCAAAGUUGUCAUGGUGGCAAAUUGAGCAAGGAUCGUCUUACUCUGUUGCUUGCUGCAAAUAUGGAUGGGUCAGAAAAAUUUAAACCAUUAAUGAUUGGUAAAUCCAUGAAACCCAGAUGCUUUAAAAACAUCAAGACGUUCCCUAUGCUUUAUCGUGCAAAUUCAAAGUCAUGGAUGACACGUAAUUUAUUUCUUGAAUGGCUACAAUUGGUGAACCAACAAAUGAAAAAACAAAAUAGAAAGAUUUUAUUAUUUAUUGAUAAUUGCACCGCCCACACUGCAAUGGAACCUUUGAGCAAUGUGCAGACUGAAUUUCUCCCACCUAACACCACUUCAGUUUUGCAACCACUCGACAAAGGCGUAAUCAAAAGUUUCAAAACAUUGUACCGUAAAGAAGUUGUUGUUAAACUGCUUGAAAGCAUCGAGGAAAAAAAGGAUUAUUCCAUUUCGAUUUAUGAUGCAAUGAAUAUUGCUCAUAAAGCCUGGACAAAUGUCAGUAAAUCGACUAUUAAAAACUGUUUUCGAGCUUGCGGGUUUGUUAAGGAUCAAAAUGUAGUCAUAAUCAGCGAAGAUGUACUUCACAUAGCAGAGUGGGCUCGUGUUCCAAAAAAUGCAGAAACACGUGUAAACUUUGAUGACUUCAUUCAUGUUGAUGACGAGUUGUUGAUUACUGGAAGCCUCAAUGAUGAUGAAAUUCUGGGUUUCGAAAACAUCGACGAUGAAAACGAUGAAACAUUUGAAAUUCCCUGA